AUGGCGACUGCCAUGGCGACUGCAAUGGGUACAAGGCUGGGCUUGGAAGACUUGGAGAUCCUUUCGGACCAGCAGCUUGUGCAGACCUGUUUUCGCUUGGAGGGCCGAGUGCGGAUGCUGGCGGCUUUCUUAGGAGACCUCAACAGCGAGAAGGCCACACUGCAAAGGCAGCAGGCCAUGCUCAGAGAGCGAUUGGCCGAGCUGGAGUUGGGCCAGUUAGGCCCAGGAUCCCCGACAGCCCACAUGCACGCCGAGGAGGACGCUGCGCCAGAGCUGAAAGUGCCCGAGGAGUUCUGUCUCAGACAAAGCGCUGAAGGAGUGGAACUGAGCUGGCGUGCCGUGGGCUCCGUGGGCCCGUCGACCAGCUUUGAGGUGCAACAGCUCUCCCAGGGGAGCGGUGGUCGCACCCGAGUUCGCAGCUUCAUGUUCGAAGGUCAGGCAGAGGCGGUGCAAAGGUGCCUCAUCGACUCGGUCACAAAGUCUUGCGCCUUCCGCGUCCGGGCAUGUGCGGAGCAUCAGGGGCGAAGUGUGUACUCGGACUUUUCAGCGCCCACUUUCGCCAACGUGGAAAGCCCAAAAGGAUCCAAAAGCGUUUCGUGGGGUGCCGCUGCACCGAGUGCGGACGGAGCGGAGGGGUUGAUGGAGGUCAUUGCCUCUGGCUCGCCUCCCUCAAAGGCACGGCUGCUCCCUGCCACGCACCACGACACGCCUUCGGAUGCGCUGAGUGCGGAGCGCUUGCGGCACCUCGAAGGCCAGGUGGAACAGCUGCGGAUGGAGGUGUUUGAGCACCAGCAUAGCGCGGCGGAGCUGAGGCAGGAGUCUGCGGAGCGCUUGCGGCACCUCGAAGCUCGCGAGGACCUCGAGCUUCGACGAAGAGAAGCCCAGGAGAAACAACUGAGAAUGGAAGUGAUUGAUCAUCAUCAUGGUAUGGCACAGCUUCAGCAGGAGUCGGCGCAGCGCCUGCGCCAGCUCGAAGCCUGCGAGGACUUCGAGCUUCGACGGCGAGAAGCUCUGGAGGAGCAGCUGCGGAUGGAGGUGCGUGAGCAUCAGCGUGGUAUGGCGCAGCUCAAGCAGGAGUCUGUCGAGUCCUUGCGCCAGCUCGAAGCUCGCGAGGACCUCGAGUUUCGACGACGAGAAGCCCAGGAGGAGCAGCUGCGGAUGGAGGUGUUUGAGCACCAGCGUGGCUUUUUGCAGCUGCAGCAGGAAUCUGUCGAGCGCUUACGCCAGCUCGAAGCCCGUGAGGACCUCGAGUUUCGACGGCGAGAAGGCCAAGAAGAGCAGCUGCGGAUGGAGCUGCUUCAGCAUCAGCGUGGCAUGACACAGCUGGAGCAGGAAUCCGCGGAGCGCUUGCGCCAGCUCGAAGCCCACGAAAACCUCGAGUUUCGGCGGCGAGAAGCCCAGGAGGAGCAGCUGCGCCUGGAAGUGCAUGAGCACCAGGCCAAGCUUGUUGCAUCAUCCGAGUCGACAGGCUCGCGCCAGGACCAGACGACUGCUGGCUCCUGGAUCCAUCAAAUUACUUCCGGGGGAACUUCUUCAGCACAACCGGAAGUACAAAAGCUUAUCCUCGGCCCAACGUCAUAUACGCACGCCGUGCCUGCACUUGGCACUGAAAGGAGUGGCAACACGGUGGCAUCGGUGCUCUCCCAACCGGAAAUAGCGCAGGCAGAGAUGGCACAGCCCACCGCGGCCUGCGGCUCGAGGUCACCUGUGCCAGCGAAAGUGCUUUCAACUUCACUUCGUUCCAGCCCUAUCUCAACUGAAGCAAGGUCACCUGUCCAAGGAAGUCCAGCGUUCUGUGGAACACCUUCCAGCUUACAGUGGCAGGAUGCGCGUUCGGUCGAAGGGAUUCCUUGGAGGGUGUCCGCGGCCUGUGGCUCGGAGCUCCUCCCACCGCCACCACGCAGCUCACCGGCCCGAGAUAUCCCCCCGGAGCACCGUGAUCUCCGUGAGCCGUGUGCCCCACGUGCUCCAAGUGCCCCAAGUGCCCAUGUGCUGACGGUCCUAACAUCCGACAAUCGGUGGGAGACCUUGAAAUUCUACGCCGGCAACUUCGAGCAGCAGGCAAGUGAUUUUCUCGCGCAGAAGAAGCUCAAAGCAGCCUUCGUUGGAGGUCUGGCUGCAAAGAUGAAAGCCAUGGUCGCCGCUGGGCAAGUACAGUCCUCGGUUGAUAUCGUUGAUCUGAUUUGA